AUGUCGCAUAAAAAAGCUGUAGAAGCACUAAAUCGAACGCUCCAGUAUUUGCGCAGCAAUACCUGUGUAAUAAAUAAUGUAAUGGGAGGAAUGGUGGUUUUACUGGCUGGUGACUUUCGCCAAACUUCACCUGUCAUUCAAAAGGGCACACCUGCAGAUGAAAUUAAAGCAUGCCUCAAGUCGUCUAUUUUAUGGAACAAGGUGACAAAAUUCAGUUCAACUACGAAUAUGAGAGUGCAUUUGUAUAAUGAUAUCAAUGCUAGAAACUAUGCUGACACACUAUUAAAAAUUGCCGAUGGGCGGUUGGAAACGGAUGCUGAGGGCUGCGUUAAAUUGACGAGAGAUUUUUGUAAUUUAGUACAGAAUCAUUCCGAAUUAAUUGCGAGCGUUUAUUCAGAUUUAACGAACAACAUGCAAGAAGACAAAUUGUUAUGUGAAAAGGCGAUUCUUGCACCAAAAAAUGAGAGCGUUAACAAAAUAAAUUCAGAUAUAUUAAGCGAAGUAGCAGGAGAAAUAACAGAGUAUUUGUCAGUAGACACAGAACAGAGCACUUCAUAUCCCGUAGAGUUAUGGUGGUAG